AAUGAAUCACUUGUACAAGGUAAUGUGCCGCAACUAGUAAUUUCCAGUUCCAUGUCAUUCUCUAUCCCCUGACAUAAGCUUAUCUCUGGCUAGUCAGCCGACAAUUCGUAGAGAGGUUAGGGUUAGGUUAUUUUAGGACGGACCGAGGACAAGAAAGAAGAUUGCUUUGAGGUCGAGAGUAACUUGAAGAAUGGCUGCAUCUAAAUGUACGCAACUGACUGCUGCUCUGAGUAGACAGUUACUGGACUCGGUGGACUGUGUACUAUUUGACUGCGACGGCGUAAUAUGGAGAGGGGACCAAGCCAUCUCCGGAGCCCCUGAGGUUAUCAGUUCACUGAAGAAAAACGGAAAACGGGUGUUUUUUGUAACAAACAACAGCACAAAAACCCGACAAAUGUACGCGGAUAAAUUAGGCAAGCUCGGUUUCGAUGCCACCGCGGACGAGGUGUUCGGGACAGCGUACUGCUCGGCGGUGUACCUCAAAAAUGUAUGUAAACUCGACGGAAAAGUCUAUUUAAUUGGGAGCAAUGCGAUGAGACAGGAGCUCGAGGACGUGGGAAUCCGGCCGGUCGGUGUGGGACCUGACCCCGUCUCAGGAGUUCAGAAAGACUGGGCGAAUGUGCCUCUCGAUAAGCAGGUCCAAGCUGUAUUGGUCGGUUUUGAUGAACAUUUCAGUUACAUGAAGCUCAAUAGAGCUCUGCAGUACCUUUGUAACCCCGACUGUCAGUUCGUGGGAACUAACACGGACACGAGGCUGCCUCUGGAGGGAGGCAAAGCGGUCCCGGGGACAGGGUGCCUCCUAAGGGCGGUAGAGACCGCUGCACAACGCCAAGCUCAAGUGGUCGGAAAACCCAGCAACUUCAUGUUCGAGUGUGUGGCCAGCCAGUUCGGUCUGGACCCUGAGAGGUGUCUGAUGGUCGGAGAUAGACUGGACACUGACAUCAUGCUAGGCUCAAACUGUGGCCUGAAGACCUUGCUGACCCUUACAGGAGUUUCUACUGUAGCAGAAGCCCAGGCAAACCAGAAGAGCCAAUGUCCACAUCAGCAAAAAAUGGUGCCUGACUACUAUAUAAACAGCAUUGCUGAUAUUUUACCUGCUCUACAAACAUAGUCAGUGUUUACUUGGAUUUCACCCACUUUAAUAGAGAAUAUUAUUUAUCAAUAUAUGGGUACCAGUAUUUUAAUAUUAUAGUUAAUCUAAAUAGAAAUUGUUCAUCUCUACAUGUAUGCAGUAUGAUUUACUGUCAUCAAGGCUUCAUUUCAAACUGGCCUACCUCUUUUUUAAAUAACCCACUAUUUUUUAUUUUAGGUAAUAU